AUGUUCCUCAGUAAUACAGAGUCUAAAUGCUGCACUCCUACGUCUAUUACCUCGCCUUCGAUCCCGACCUCGACGACAAGCAAUUAUCCUCGGGCAGUACGCGCCCUCACAAGUCGUUAUACGGAAAAGGCCGCAAAGAUGGGUAUCGGCAUGGAAUGGAUCGACCAAAAGGUAUUGGAGGAUGUGGAGAUAGUGAGAAAGGAAUACAUGUCGACAGGCAAAGGAGAACCGUCCGAUGAGUUUAUUGUCUGGUUUUAUGAUGUUCAGGAAUAUGAUAGAGACAUGCAUAGUCCAACUACGAACUCCUCUAUGAACCUCCCAAAACUCUUACCCGAAAAUCCCCUCCCAACUUACUUGACCCAUGAUUCGCCUACGCCCCCGAAAAGUAGUAUCAAUCAAGCGACUGAGGCCGAAAUCACCAAACAAUCCCCAGUUCCCAACCCAUCUAGUAGAGACAAAUGUCUAGAAGCUUCUAGUACAGCACCAGCAUAUACCUCCUUCAGCGCCCUCGGCUUGCAAGAACCCGAAGGUCCAAAAAGCCUCGAAGUUACGAGUGAGGAAGACUCGUCUUCUUCCUCUCCUCGUACAGCCCUGCAAAAGGUUAAGAGUGCAUUGGUCUUGAGCUUGGGCUUGGAAUCAAAUCAAAAGUAA